CCUUAAUUAACUAGUACCUCAUUACUAUUAAGAUUAUUCUUACACAACAUUUAUUCACAUAUGGGAGCCCCUACAUAUUAAUAAUAUGUGGCAGCAACUUAAGUAUUCAAUCUCAAUACAUAAAUAUUCAUUUAUGUAUCCACAUAAUUGAUACAUGUGGAAAAUGCCUAUUUCACUAAAUAGUUCAUUUAUAACUCAUAACAAUAAUUAUUAUUAUUAUUAUUAUUAUUAUUCACUUAACCGUAAACAAGGCUAACAAAUUCUGUAAACUCGCCAUGGAUGUUGAGGCCGCGGAGCUCCAGGACUGGGAAGUUCUCUUACCCGACCCGAUUUCGACUGAUUCGGGUUUAGGUGAUUCUGAUGAGAGCCCAAAGGCUUUUGAAGAAAUCGGAGCCGACUCUGUAGGUACUGUACAUGCCAAUUACUUCUCUUUAGGUACUAGGGAGAGUUAGGGGGUGUUUGGAACUGAUUCUGCUUCUGCUUCUUUUUUAAAAGCAGAAGCAGAAUCAGAAUCAGUUUUCAGAAGCUGGUACCUCUCAGCUUCUAAAAAAACUGAUUCUGAGAGUAAAUUAGAGCUCCAGAAGUGCUUCUGUAAUUUCACCCAAACACUCCAGCUUCUGCUUCUGCUCCCUGAAGGAGCAGAAUCAGUUUUGAGAAUUAGAUCCAAACACCCCUUAUAUGGGCAGUGUUGCUGAUGUCAAUGUGAGCGAGGCGGGUUCCGAGGCCUCUGACAGUCCGAGUUGGAUUGAUCCCAGGUCGGAGGCCGGAUACCCGAGGGAGGAAUCCGGAGAGUCUUGGCCCGACUCGGGCAGUGACGGGUCGGAGGAUCGGGCAGUGACGGUUCGAGAGGGUUUUGAUGGGAUCCAGGAGAUAAGAUGUGGGUGCGGGAAGAACGAUUCUGGUGAUGGAUUGAAGAUUGAGCAGUUUGAAGAGUCCCCCGGAAUUGAAGGAGAUGCAGAUUUGGAAGCUGCGGGACAAAAGAACGAAUCUGAAGCUGUGGAAAGUGCGUGGAAGAAGCCAGAUGAAGUAAAGAGGAGUAGAAGUGUGGUGUGGUGGAAGGUACCUUUUGAUUUUCUCAAGUAUGGUGUUGUGUUCAGAUCUAGUCCUAUCUGGAACUUCUCGGUGGCUGCGGCUGCUGCUUUAGGCCUUGCUUUUUUGGGCCAAAGGUUGAUGUAUAAGAUGAUGGUGAAUAAGAAGAAGAAGAAGAAAGUCAAGAACUUGGAGCUGAAUAUCACAGUGGAUGACAAGAAGGUGUCUCAGUUCAUGAGCGGUACCACACGUCUUAGUGAAGCAUUUUCCAUGGUGAAGCGGGUCCCUGUGAUCCGAUCACAGUUGCCGGCAGCUGCAGUUAUUCCAUGGCCUAUAAUAGCUUUGGUAUAGGAUGUAAAAACGUUUCAGGGAAACAUGGUUUAUAUAAUUCUCUAUGUUGUAUUUUCUGCUUUUGUAUAAUAUACACUCCUUAUACUAUGUACGUAUACCCUACCCUACACAUGAAUCAACUUCAGUGUAAACGUCAGCAGACGUGUACAGUUCGGAUG